AGUAUUUAAAAAUGAGGAGAAGAGGGAAGGGGUGUCUAAAUAUUGAAAAAAAAUUUUUGAAAUAAAUUGUACUAUUGGAAAAUUUGGAGAAAUAUGGGGAUGGAUGUUCGUUUGCUAAAAUAAUUUUCUGUUCUUAUGUGCAAAAAAAAUUUUGAAAUUAAUUAUUUAUUUAUCUCAUUUCCUCAAUUUAGGAACGAUAAUGAUGAUGAAUUAUUUUAUUUACUAAAACAAAAUAAUUGUACUAUUGAAAGAGUUGAUGGAACAAAGUUUGGACAAGACGAUUUUCUCAGCAAUUAUGCAUAUUCAAAGCCUUUAAUUAUUACAAAUAUUUUUGAUAAUGCUAAAAAGGCGUAUUUUCAAAAAUCUAAUUUAUUGGCUAAUUGGAGCAAUUUUCCUGUUGUUUUGGCGUCAGCUAAUACCUACAGGCGAGUGAUUUUUUGUGAUUUUAACAAUUUCAAAACAAAAUUUUUUUCAGUAGAAACUACAUUUGGUGUUUAUUUACAAAAAUAUUUGAAGCCUUUAGACAUCAAUAUUCCUGCAAAUGAAACAUUUUAUCUUUUUGGUGAUAUUGACAGAGAGAUGUGGAAACCUUUAUUAGACCAAUAUAAAUUGCCUAGUUGGAAUUUACCUGGACACGAACCUGCUUUAAGCUUUGGAAUUGCUGCUGUUGGAACUGGUGUUCCCUUUCAUUUUCAUGGGCCUGGUUUUGCAGAAGUUAUAUUUGGAGCAAAAUAUUGGUUUCUUUCUCCAUUUGAAAAACGUCCAAAAUGGGAUCCAAAUGUUUCUACCUUACAAUGGAUGAAAGAAAUAUUUUUAAAUUUGCCUUUAGAAGAAAAACCGUUAAAUUGUCUUUUACUCCCCGGAGAAUUGAUUUAUUUUCCUGACAAGUGGUGGCAUGCUACACUAAAUGUCAAAACUUCUGUAUUUUUUAGUACAUUUUUAAGUCCAACUAAUAAUAAAAUUAAUGAGAAUAAGGAAAAUUGGAAAGAUGAAUUUUAA